AUGAGCAGCGUGGACCGGCUGUCUAAAAUCGCAGCGCGGGCCGACCUUGCCAGCCAAGUGCUUACGCUGGAGGUCCAUCGGCACUAUCUCAAAGCCCUCCCCUUUGACGCAUGCAUCAGGGCUGGCAAUUUGGCGGCACGGCUGCAAAGAAUGCAUCCUCUCGACGCGGCUUCGCACGCUCUCGAACUCUCGCGCGCAUACAAGGACGAGUUGGAUGCCCAGUUGCGCUUCUCGACGGAUGGCCCUGCUUUGCUCUCGAGCUCGCUGAAGAAGUUUCCGCGGCUACAGUGUUUCGUGCACUGCAGCCCGUCGUCUCGCACCAAGGAGGGAGACUGUCUCCUUGACGAAGACUCCGACCUAUUGAGACGGACGGGUAUAAGAACCCUGGAUGGCGGAACACAAUAUCUACUCAUGACCUCGGCGUUGCAAAAGUGUCGCGGUCUGAAGCCUGUUUCCAUUGACUUACCGUCGUUCUAUUGGUGGGAGUUCUACAACUGCAUGGAAAUCCCACAUGCGAAAGAGCUUUUUGAGAGGGUCACUCGCUUCAAGCUGACUUUCGAAGUCAAGAGCUUCGAUCGAGCGCCGUGUCCUCUCACUCGGGGAAACUCUCAUUGGAAGAAAGGCCUGGCCAGAUACUUGGACCAAGUGGCAGGAUACCUGCCUGCGGCCGAACAGCUGUGGCUCGGAUUCGAUGAGUUGCCUGUAGAAGCAGGACACCAGAGAACCCAUCCUGUCCGCGGCUAUGCAUUGACGAGGAUGACGAGCUUGCUGCUCCAUUCCUCCUCAAACCAUGAGACUUCCUUACCCAGAUUGAAUAGCCUCACUCUAGAAAAUACGGCGGUCCGCUUGAACGUCCUGUGCGAUUUCAUCGCGCAGCACUCACAGCCGCUCCGAUCACUUAGCAUCAUCAACAUCCGCCUGAUCGGCGCUGCUGGCACGCCGUCGUCGCCGAACGGAGGAAUUCUGGCAUUGGCGAUCAAGUUGAUCCUGUUUCUGAACAAAGAGACCCAUCUAGAUCGCUUUUCCAUGCAAGGCACUUUUCUGGAUUCCGAUGGAGCGAGGUUGUUGUGCUCUCCGAAGGGUAAGGACAGUAUCUUGCACGAGGUCGAGGAAUACGUCUGUCACCGCCGCGGGGAUUUCCCCUUCCACCGCCCCGAGAUGUUCCUGCAAGCGCUCGAUGUCCACUGGCGCUCGGCCACGGUGGCGGGAAACAAGAUCACAAUCCCCGGCCCGCGCAAUUGCAGGGUGGAGAUAACGCUUGGGAGCGACGAUUCGUGGUAUUUCGAGGCGCCGGACUCUCUGCACCCUUGA